UUUAACAAAAUCGACAUAAUCAGUUUUUUCAAUUAAUUCUCGUUUGUAUUCACAUAAUUUACGUGUCUAUGUUCAUUUUCUUAUACAUUCAGACUAUCACAAACUUUAUUGCAUGCUGUUGUGAUUUCGAAGUCUCUGACAAAGAAGAAAGUACUCGGACAGCUAAACAUCAUUAGCCUGACCUCUCUAAACGAUUUACCACUCUUACUGUAGCGUCGUUAAUGAUGUAAAGUUCUGAGGUGACUGGCACUUUUGUAUUUCACUUUCACUCGACAUCAGGACGAAAAAAGUGGACUACGUGUACUUGAAUGUUAAUUUAUUUAUAGCUACUUUUCUACUUUCGCUUUUAGUCCUAGCGCCAUAUAGGGAGUGUGUGUGUGAGAGAGAGCAUGUAUUUAUAUACCCGUUGUUAAAGCUUUUGUUGUAGAUGUGUGCUUCUUGCAUACGACUAAACUAGCUUGCCGGUCAAGUGUCAAAUACAGGAGAACCUCGAUCAUCCGCUGUAAUGACCGGCGCCCAUCAUCCGGAUAAUAAAAUAUCACAGAUAAUCGAAAAUAAUUCUAAAAAGUUGCAAAUGCUAGAAUAGGUGCAAUAUCACGCACUUUUUGAUUUCCGAUGUUAAAUUCCAAUGAAAGUUUAACAGUUGAUUUACUGUUUUCGGCAGGUUCAAUAAUUUGCAUUUUUGUUGCAACUGACUAAACAACUCUUUUUCUUUUCACUUCCGCACUGGACCCCGACAUUUCGGCAGAACUGAUGCGAAGCCAAUUUCUAACCUCGAGGUGCGGACGGGAACUGUAUAAACUCAGAAAAAAGCGUCACCUACUCGGACGGUACGACCUAUACAGUCUUUUCACACACACACACAAAACCCAGCGCUGAAAAAGAAAACAAAUGUGAAAACUUACUGACGAGUGGCAGUCGUCGGAACUAGGAAAAAGAGGGAGAUUGUUCGGACCGAGUGCUCUGCAUCGAAAUAUUACAGGAAAAACAUCGGUCAUAAGAAAACUUUCUAGUGAAUGGAUAGUUUUACUUCUUGUGACAUGACAACAUUUGAAUGAAAAACAUGGCCCAAAGAGAGAACACUCAGACAUUCACAGCGGCUGUUUAUUGUGGGGACUGGGUAGUCGUCAGAGACCUGUUGUGUGACGAGGAUGUGGAUGUGGCUGACAGCGAGAGAUGUCUCGUCCUCCACAAGCUGGCUUCGCCAUCCAACAUCAGUCUCUCGCUUGUAGAAGACAUCGUGGACAAGAUCUUGUCACGUGACGUGAACAUUAACAUGGCCGAUAAUAACGGAGACACGGCUGUCAUGGCGGCCGCCAGAUGUGAGAACUGGAAAGUCGUGUGGCUUCUGAUGUCAAGAGAAGGGACGCUACUCAACAAAGACCACGUGAUCGCCUUUUUGAGGAUCCUGGGCCGUAGUGAAUACAUGAACAAGAACUGCGGAUUGAGCGUUAAUAUCUUACUUUGUUUACGGGACAGUCUAAAGCAGACGAUACCUGAAUGUCACCACAGAGCCAUACACGAGGUAUUAAUUCAUGUUGCAGCCAAAGUGAACUGUUGGUGGCUGGUCCGUGACCUCUUAACAGCCGACAUUGCUAACACUCUAGAUGAAGAAGGGUUGGGACUUGUGCACAGACUUGCUAAAGGCGGCAUGAAUCAUCAUAUUUACCUCUUAAACAAACUGCUUGAAAAUGGCGGUGAUAUUAACUUAAAGAAUGUAGAUGGUGACACAGCUACUCACGUUGCCGUAAAAAGCAAGAACUGGAAAAUGAUGGAGGUCUUGUUGCAGAGUGGCGCCAGAACCGACAUUUUUAACAACGACAAUCACACUGUCUUCCACCUGGUGCCUAUUUACCUUCGCUCUGUUUCGGAGAUAUGGAAAAGUGCUGACACCAUUUUCUCAUUGCUGCAGAAAAACUGCUCGAACAUAGAUGCACGUGAAGGGGGAGGGGACACUGUCCUGCAACUAGCAGUCAAAGAAAGAAACAGUCUAAUCGCUGAAAAACUCAUGAUAAUUGGUGCACGUGCUAAUGUGCAGGAUGGAAAUGGCAGAACUGUGCUGCACACAAUGGCGACACACAAACGUGAAUAUUCGUCUUUGUUGUUAAAACAAGCUAUUGCAUGCGGCGCAGGUUUAGAAAUCAAGGAUUCAGAAGGAAACACUGCUUUACAUUUAGCUGCAAAACUUGGCAACUGGGGGUAUGUGAACGAUUUGAUAGCUCAUGGGGCGGUAGUAACAGAGCCUGACAGUGAUGGCUGUACAGUUUAUGACAGGAUUUUCACGGAUAAAAGUUCAUACAUUUAUCUUGACACGCCUUUUCUUAAAAGAUUUCCACUCGACAUGCAGCUGCAUUUGUCUGUGAAACUCAGUCGUUGGAAUGUCCUUGACGAACUUGUAAAGAAAGGUGCAUGUGUUAACCUACCUGACCCUUUAGGCUUUACAGUGCUUCAGAGACUUGCGCAGAUGGAAUCAAUGAAAGGUGUAGAUAAUGUCUUUGGAUUUCUGGUGAAUAGAGGCGCAAACCUCACUGUACAAACCCCGGAAGGUGAUAACCUGCUGCAACUGGCCGCCAAACACAAAAACUGGUUCGUUGUAGAGCGAAUGUUGAAUCAACAGUUCAGUCCUCUUGAACCCGACAGCGAGGGACUCACCGUUCUUGAUAGACUCGCUCAAUGCAUAUACAGAGGGAGAACCCUCCCGGCGCUUUUAAGUCUGCUUUAUGAUGAAACCGCAGUAAUUUCAUCACUGUCUCCAAAUGAUGACAUCCUAUUACAGCUUGCAGCAAAACAUGGAAACAUCCCUAUGAUGGAACACCUGAUUCAGGAAGAUGAUGUGGCAAACAUAAACCAAGUCGAUAGUGAAGGCUUUAGUGUUAUCCAUAGAACCGUUCAGUAUGAGUCUAAGUAUACCGAAGAUAAUAUUGGUUCUGUUGUAAACCUUUUGCUCAGCAAGGGAGCCAACCCACGCCUUCGUAGCUCUGUUGGCGAUACAGCUCUACACCUGGCGGCCAGACACAAUAACUGGGACAUAGUUGAGUGUCUUGUUGAGCACGGGUGUGACCUGAAUGAGCCCGACAGUGAGGGAUUUUAUGUUCUUCACAGACUUGCGCAAACAAUACGGCUGAGACAUCCAAAGGGAAAAUCACAUAAAGAAAUGUGUGAAGCUCUCUUCGUGAUGUUUGUUACCAAAGGUGCUGAUGUGUUUGUCCGCACGUCUGCUGGUGACAGUGUCAUACAGUUGGCAGCAAAACACGGCAACUGGAAAAUAGUUGAACAUCUUGUGAAACUAGAAUGUGAGGUGAACGAACUUGACAGCGAGGGAUGGAAUGUUCUUCACAGACUUGUGCAAACAACACAGCGGAGACAGGUAUUGUCCAACUCAAGUGAAACACCUGAAGACACUCUCUUUCGUUCCCUUCUUAACAAAGGUACUAAUGUGUCUGUUCGCACCUCUGCUGGUGACAGUGUCAUGCAGCUGGCGACGAAACACGGUAAAUGGAAAAUAGUUGAACGUCUUUUGGAGCUAGAAUGGGACGUGAACGAACUUGAUAGCGAGGGAUAUAAUGUUCUUCACAGGUUUGCGCAAACAACUCAGCAGACACAGGUACAGGACGACAUUUUCUUUUCUACCCUUAUUAACAAAGGUGCAGACGUGUCUGUUCAAUGUCGUACAGGCGAUACAGCCUUACAUCUGGCGGCCAAAUGCAACAACUGGACAAUAGCUCUACUUCUUGUUCACCAAGGAUGUGACAUGAACCAGCCUGACAGCGAAGGAUGUUAUAUUCUCCACAGAAUUGCCCAAGACGUUUUAGAAUGCUGCAAGUCCUUGGAUACUCAAUUUAGUAUACUUCUUGACAAAGGCGCAUGUCAAUUUGUUCGCAAUCAGAGCGGCGACACAGUCUUGCACGUGGCUGCUAAACACAGAAAGUGGACAAUGGUCGAACACCUGGUAGAACGAGAAGCUAAUAUAAACGAGCCUGACAGUGAGGGAUUUCACAUUCUUCACAGACUUGCUCAAGAGCCAGAUGAGAGAAUACUUGAACUCUUAGUUGUUAAAGGUAUAAAUCUCAACUGUAGAUGUCCAAAUAUAGGAACAGCACUGCACAUGGCUGUGAAAGAGCAAAAGUGGAGUUUUGCAGAGCGACUGGUUGAGUUCGGGGCAGAUGUUAACGAACGUGAUCUGGAAGGACUCAGCAUCCUUCACAUUAUUGCUAGUCAGAAAAUGGAUUACAGAAGUCAUGAUUUUACUCAACUCAUCCAUCUUCUCAUUAGUAAAGAUGCAGAUGUGACUGCACGCAGUCCUAGCGGUGAUUCCGUUUUUCAUUUAGCUGCCAGAUAUGAUAACUGGGAGAUAAUUGAACAACUACUUGCUCACAAAAAAGAUCGAACAGAUUGUCAGAGAUUAACUUCUGUAACAAGCUGACUAUAAAUACUAAUGGAAUAGAACA